AUGCCUGAAGAGCGAGAAGCACGUCUUACAAGCUAUCGUAAUCGAUAUCAAAAACGCCGAAAACAAGAAUUAGCAGGCGAUGAAAAUGAUGACAAUAAACAAAUGAGACAAGAAAUUAGAUUAAAUAUUGAAGAACAGCAAAACGCCAAUGUUCAGGAGAUGCAAAUUACUGCUGAAGAAUCAGAUAAUAAAGUUGAAGAUGAUAUAAUUAUGCGCAUCUUUGUUUCAUCUCUUCCACCAGUCUAUAGAGAAGAUAUCGCCAUUAACGAAACUCUUAACCAUAUGCAAAGCAUGACAGAAUUUGUCAAACAGAUAAAAAUCUUAUUAGGAACUGUCCAAGAUAUUUUGUUUGAAGAUCAUGGACCUCCUUGUUUACCUAUAGCGGUUUUUGUAACCUUCGAUCGUUACAAAGGACCUACAAUUACCAAUGUAGAAGGUACAAAAGUUGUUCCAAUUACGCUGAUUAAACGUACCUGGGAGG